GAAGGCCUAGGUUUGCUUUUCCCUUCUCUAGCAGUUCGAUUUCGACUGCGCUUCGAGGUAAGAGUUUGAACGAGCCGCUUAAAAACUUUUUCGCCUCCUUCGACGACGUAUCUUCCUGCCGGAUCAGAAGUCACGACAGCUCGCUGUUCUUCUGCUGGAUCGGGAAGUAAAGAAGACGACGGAGGGAGCUCGCCGUUGCGUAGACUGUAUUAUUAGGAGAAGAGAGAAGGACAAGUAGAACUGUUGAUGGCGGCGGCGGAGUUCGUUAGCGGCAUGGAUGACUGUCGCCUGAAACCACCUAUGCUACGUUCGGUGCUGCGUGAUCGCCUCCCCGAUGAGAAGCGGCCAUUUCGUCCCACAGAGCUCACCGCUGUGCUGUCCCACAUGCGAACCCAUGGACUGCUAUCCGAGCGCCACUCGGACAUCGCUGAACGUAAGCUUGUUGAGGCAUGGAGGUCCGCCGUUGAUGGUUGGGUUGAACGCGUCCUUUCACUCGCCUCGAAUAGCGCGCCAGACAAGUGUUGGGCCGGAAUUUGUUUGCUAGGGGUAACGAGCGAAGAAUGCUGCUCUGAUCGUUUCCAGUCAUCAUACGCUAUUUGGUUUCAAAAACUUAUUGAAAACUUUCAGUCUCCAACCGCCACCCAUUUUAUCAAAGUUGCUUGCUGUGCUUCAUUGGCUGAUCUUUUUACGAGGUUGGCCUGCUUUCCAUAUCUUAAAAAAGAUGGAACAUUGCUUGCUAGAAAAGUUAUCCAGCCAGUUAUGCAGAUUUUAAAUGAGGAUGUUGGAGAAACUUUGUGGGAUGUUGCUGUAAAAUUGCUAUGCACGCUUAUGUCUUUCUUUCCAUCAUCUAUACGUCAGCACUAUGACACUGUUGAAGCUGUUCUUACUUCAAAGAUCAUGGCAGCAAAAUGUGACUUAAAUACGUCCAAGAAAUUUUCCCUUGGCUUAGCAAUACUUCCUAAGGUGAAAGGAGAUGAAGAAAGCUUCUGUUUGAUUAUUGAGAAGAUUCUUAUAGCCAUAAAUUCAAUUCUCACUGAUGCUUUCCAGGGACUUGAAGAAGAAAAGAAAAGUUCUGAGGUAAUGAGAAUGAUAGUUCCUCCAGGCAAGGAUCCCCCACCCCCUUUGGGAGGCCAAACAUUGCCAGGAGAAGCAUUUGAACCAGCAACCAGAAGACUAAGUGAAUUACUAGUUCCCAGAGUGACUACUCUAAUGCAUUCUUGCUGUGUUAUGCUCACUAAUCCUUAUCCUUUUCCGGUGUCCAUUCCUGUGCGCCCUUUGAUAGCUACAGUUAGGAGAGUGCUUCAAGUGGAUGGUUCUUUUCAUGGAACUUUGUUUCCUUUGAUCACUUCCACGCAUCAGGAACUUCUUUGUGCAGUGCUUCCAGCCCUUCAUCUUGGUUGCUUGGAUUUUCUUAUUGCUAUUAUUAAAGGUUUACGAAGCCAACUCUUGCCACAUGGUGCCAAUGUUGUGCGGCUCCUCACUGAAUAUUUCAGGAGAGCUAGGAUGCCGUCAAUAAGAAGAAAAGUAUACUCUAUAGUGCAGAUGCUACUGAUCUCAAUGGGUGUUGGAAUGUCUCUUUACCUUGCUCAAGAAGUAAUUAAUAAUGCUUUUGCUGACCUUACUGAUAACCUUGAGCUUGGGAGUAGUGCAAUGCUUUCCAAUAUGCAAUCAUCUAUCUUAGUUGGUGGGACAUUUCGACAAAAUUACCACAAGAAGAGGAAACGUGAUGCCUCAGUAAUUCCAGUGGAACAUUCCAAUGGUGUUGAUUUAAGCGUUAAGACUUGCAGCAAGAAAUCACAAGCUCCUCUUUCUGUGAAGAUUGCUGCACUAAAAGCAUUGGAAGCUCUUCUUACAAUGGGUGGUUCGUUGAAAUCUGAGUGCUGGCGUCCAGAUGUUGAUUUUCUGGUGAUAAUUGUGGCUACGAAUGCUUUUGAUUCAAGCUGGGCGAAUGAAAACAGGUUGUGUUUAUUGAAACAUGAAUCCUCUUUUGUUGAUUAUCAGUUAGCAACCUUGGAGGUGCUGCUAGCAUCUCUUCUUUCACCAACUCAUACUCGAUCUCCAUAUUUAUCCCAAGGUCUUGAUCUAUUUCGAAGAGGAAGGCAGGAAACUGGAUCAAAGAUAGCUACCUUCUGUGCACAUGCCCUUCUUGCUCUUGAAGUUCUCAUACAUCCUCGUUCUCUGCCACUUGAGGACCAUCCCCCUCCCAAUAAUCUAUCAGUUGGUGAAGGAUUCAACCAGAGUUUUGCAAGCGGUAACUUCAACAAUAGUACUAAAACAAACCUCCCUUCUUUCUCAAAAGGUGAUUUAGGACUCCUUGAUGAAGAGGAUGAAGAAGAACUAUCCAGCGGUUCGUUUGAUGAGGAGGGACCAACUUCAUUAGAGAACAGAAAUCUGAAUGAUAAACACAAUUCUGAAGAUAUUAUGGAGAAACCUUUGGCUAAUAAUUCAGAAGUCAGUCAUCAUGUUUUAGAGUAUGAAGACAAAUUUUCACAAAAUGUUGGUGUAGAGAUGGAAGGCUUUGGCAGUGGUGAAACUACUAUUGAUAAAGAGAAAACUGAAGAAUCUACGCCUAGAAACGAGAUUAGCUUCCACAAUGCUUCACACAAUAAGAUGGAUUUUGGCCAAGGAAAUUCUGCAGUAUUUGCUGCAGAGAUGACGCUAUGGAAAAGUGAGAGUCUCGUGAACAUACCUGUAAAUAUGAGCAACCAUGGCAGCAAUGCUCCUGACCUCUCAAUUGGCAAGAUUAAAGAAGAUUCUAGUCCUAGAAGUUUGUACAAGGGAAAGGAUGCAAUGUUAUCUUAUGAUUCGGACUCUUUUUCCUUGGAUUCAUUGCCAGAUAUUGUGGACGGUGAUCCUGACUCUGAAUAGAACAUUAUAAAAUUUUUAAGUUAAUGUAGAGCUUAUGGCCAUAAUGGGAAGAUAGGUUUUUAUUCUGUACCUGACCGAAAUAUAUUUUUUAUUAUAUUUUGCUCCAUUAUCUAUUCAUUUUAAUUCUGUUGAUCAGUAAAA